CUCCCUUAGGAUUUCUUCCUUUCACAUUUGCUCAUCCACUUUCUCACUCUACAAAAUUUCUUCUAAUUUCUCUCUCUAAAAAUGCCUCAAGUUGAUUUGGAAACACUAGUUUCUGCCUGUGCCGGCGGAAAUAAUGACCGGAAAGUUGCAUGUGAAACUUUAGCUGACGUCAGCGCCGGCGAAUCGCCGGCGAAAGAUGAUGAGGAAAAGCAACCGGAGAUACCGCCGGAUUAUCCGCCGGAAUCAUUUUGGUUAUCGAAAGAUGCUGAGUUUGAUUGGUUUGAUCGUAACGCCUUUUUGGACCGUAAACAGUCGACAAAAGGUAUCGGUCCAAACACAACGAACUUAAAUCAAGGUUCAAACUCAAGUUCACAGAGAUUCUCAUCAACUUUGAAAUCUAAGGCUUCGAUAAUCGGAUUUCCUAAAACUCAGAAAGCUACUUAUGUUGAUUCGAAACGGCGAGCAUGUAAACCGGCAAACAUACUUAAGCGAGUUAAUGAACCUUCGUCGCCGAAGGUAUCAUGCAUGGGAAGAGUAAGAUCAAAACGAGGUCGAAGAAGAUCAUCGGAAAAAAAAUCAAAAAAAUGUGAAAAGAAAUAUUCACUCGAGAGAUCAAGAAGCAAAAAAACCGGAUAUUUUUCAAGAUUAUUGUCAAUAUUCCGGUCUAAUAAAAAACCGGUUCGGUCUAGUACGGAUAAAGGGUUGGGUUCAAGAGUAGAAGAACCGGUUGUUAUACCGUUGAGAAAGAGCAAAAGUGUGAGUGUAGAGAAAACACGUGGUGUUGAACCGGCCGGUUUAGGAGGGAUGAAACGGUUUGCUUCCGGUCGAAGAUCAGAAUCAUGGGAUUGCGAUGAAAUUAAUGUAGUUGUUUAAAGUGGAUCCCAAUGGAAUAAACGUCUUUAUGGUAGUUGAAUUUUUUUUGGAAUUUGGUAGGAAAAAUUAGCGGCAAGAAGGUCUGUAUACACUUUACCCUCUUCAGACUGCAUCUGGUGGGACUAUACUGGUAUGUUGUCGUUGGCAUGAAACAUUAACAGUCUUUUUCA